CGCGCCCGAUCAGCUGGGCGCGCGCCCUCGGGUCACGUGGUGCGCGUGUCGAAGGUCACGGCGCGCUCACAAUGGAGCUCUCGGAGUCUGUGCAGAGAGGCAUCCAGACGCUGGCGGAUCCUGGUUCCUUUGACUCCAACGCCUUCGCGCUUCUCCUCCGGGCGGCUUUCCAGAGCCUGCUGGACGCCCGGGCGGACGAGGCCGCGCUAGAUCACCCAGGCUUGAAACAUAUCGACCCAGUGGUUUUAAAGCACUGUCAUGCAGCAGCUGCAGCUUACAUACUGGAGGCAGGAAAGCACCAAGUUGACCAGUCUGCUCUGAGCGCAUACUUAGAAGACUGCAAAUUUGACCGUGAGCGAAUAGAACUGUUUUGUGUGGAGUAUCAGAAUAAAAAGAAUUCUCUAGAAAUCCUACUGGGAAGUAUAGGCAGAUCUCUCCCUCAUGUAACCGAUGUUUCUUGGCGCUUGGAGUAUCAGAUAAAGACCAAUCAACUUCAUAAGAUGUACCGACCUGGAUAUUUGGUGACCUUAAGUGUAGAGAAUAGUGAUUCCCAAUCCUACCCAGAGAUAAAUUUUAGUUGCAACAUGGAACAGUUACAGGACUUGGUGGGGAAACUUAAGGAUGCUUCAAAAAGCCUGGAAAGAGCAACUCAGUUGUAAUUUGGGGAGACUGAUGACCCCAGGAACCUAGAGGAAAACCAGACGCGCUUUGUCUCCUGCAGGACCAUCGUUCGUGCGAGCUGGAUGUCUUUUUCAGUAGAAGAGCUAGCUCCCUUUUGAAGUUAUGCCAACCAUCAAUUUUGACACUUUUUUACACGUGAAAUGUUAAGAGGGAAACUCUUAAGCAUUUGAAUUUUCAGUAUUAAUCUUGCAUUCCUUCUAUCUUGAGCGUUUUCAAGCCCUAUCAAAGUAUCGUACUCUGAAUAAAAAAGGUGGUAUUCCCACAAGAAAGGCG